AAGACCGAGUCUCUCCCAGGACAGCUGCUGUGGUCACACCGCAAACUUAAAAGCCUCCCUUCUGCCUGGGGCGCGCCCCCCUCGCCUCCCCAAAGCUCCAGCUGGUGCCUGGCUCUCGCUCCGUCUGUCCCCGCGCGGCGCUCGGGGAGGCAGCAGCGCCCCCUGCCUCCGGGUUCGGCCUCUUCGGCCGAAGCCUCCGUGCUCUGCCAGGGCCGCCGGCGGCUCCGUGGCGGCUCAGCCAAGGCUCCGGCUCCGAGGAAUUUGCGCCGGUGCCCCAGGUCGCAGCUUCACUCAACCUCAGCCGCCACCCACUUCCCCUCUCCCCGAAAAGGCAUCAGGAUAAGAGAGAGGGAGAGAAGAGUUCACAGAAGGGGAUAUGGUGGCUUGGCAAUGAGGCAGUCAGCAACAAGCAGUAAGGCAUUGUAUGCUGAAAAGAAAAAGCAGAUUAACACUGUGUGAAAGAGAACAUUGUUUUCAUCAUGAAUUCUAAAAAAGAGGAGAGACCAAAGCCCAGAAGCCAAGAUUGUCACCUUUUUCUUGCUUUGAUGAUGCUAAGCAUGCCCAUGCUGUUUCUUCCAGUUAUUGGAACUUCCAAGCAAAAUAUUCCACGACUCAAGCUAACCUACAAAGACUUACUGCUUUCCAACAGCUGUGUUCCCUUUCUGGGUUCAUCAGAAGGACUGGACUUCCAAACCCUUCUGUUAGAUGAGGAGAGGGGCAAGCUGCUUCUGGGAGCCAAGGACCACAUCUUUCUGCUCAGUCUGGUUGACUUAAACAAAAAUUUUAAGAAGAUUUAUUGGCCUGCUGCAAAAGAACGAGUUGAAUUAUGUAAAUUAGCUGGGAAAGACACUAAUACAGAAUGUGCAAAUUUCAUCAGAGUACUUCAACCUUAUAACAAAACUCACAUUUAUGUGUGUGGAACUGGAGCAUUUCACCCAAUAUGUGGAUAUAUUGAUCUUGGAGUCUAUAAAGAGGAAGCUACAUUCAAACUAGAUGCACAUAAUUUGGAGUCUGGCAGACUGAAAUGUCCCUUUGAUCCUCAGCAGCCCUUUGCUUCAGUGAUGACAGAUGAGUACCUCUACUCUGGAACAGCUUCUGAUUUCCUUGGCAAAGAUACGGCGUUCACACGGUCUCUUGGGCCUACUCAUGACCACCAUUACAUCAGAACCGACAUUUCAGAACACUAUUGGCUCCAUGGAGCCAAAUUUAUUGGAACUUUCUCCAUACCAGACACCUACAAUCCAGAUGAUGAUAAAAUAUAUUUUUUCUUUCGUGAAUCAUCUCAAGAAGGCAGCACUUCUGAUAAGACCAUCCUUUCUCGAGUUGGAAGAGUUUGUAAGAAUGAUGUAGGAGGACAACGCAGUCUGAUAAACAAAUGGACAACCUUUCUUAAGGCUAGAUUGAUCUGCUCGAUUCCUGGAAGUGAUGGGGCAGAUACUUAUUUUGAUGAGCUCCAAGAUAUUUAUUUACUCCCUACAAGAGAUGAAAGAAAUCCUGUAGUAUAUGGAGUCUUCACCACAACCAGUUCCAUCUUUAAAGGCUCUGCUGUUUGUGUGUAUAGCAUGGCUGACAUCCGAGCAGUUUUUAACGGUCCGUAUGCUCAUAAGGAGAGUGCAGACCACCGAUGGGUGCAGUAUGAUGGAAGAAUUCCUUAUCCACGACCUGGUACAUGUCCGAGCAAAACCUAUGACCCACUGAUUAAAUCCACCCGAGAUUUUCCAGAUGAUGUCAUCAGUUUUAUAAAGCGUCACCCAGUGAUGUAUAAGUCGGUCUACCCAGUUGCAGGGGGACCAACAUUCAAGCGAAUCAAUGUGGAUUACAGACUCACACAGAUAGUGGUAGAUCACGUCAUUGCAGAAGAUGGCCAGUAUGAUGUAAUGUUUCUUGGAACAGACAUUGGAACCAUCCUAAAAGUUGUCAGCAUUUCAAAGGAGAAGUGGAAUAUGGAAGAGGUAGUUCUGGAGGAGCUGCAGAUAUUCAAGCACCCAUCGAUCAUCUUGAACAUGGAGUUGUCUCUAAAGCAGCAACAAUUGUACAUUGGUUCUCGAGAUGGAUUGGUUCAGCUCUCCUUACACAGAUGUGACACGUAUGGAAAAGCUUGUGCAGACUGUUGUCUUGCCAGAGACCCUUACUGUGCCUGGGAUGGAAAUUCAUGCUCUCGAUAUGCACCUACUUCAAAAAGACGAGCUAGACGCCAAGAUGUAAAGUAUGGGGACCCCAUUACCCAGUGCUGGGACAUAGAGGACAGCAUUAGUCAUGAAAUUGCUGAUGAAAAGGUGAUUUUUGGCAUUGAAUUUAACUCUACCUUUCUGGAAUGUAUUCCUAAAUCCCAACAAGCAUCUAUUAAGUGGUACAUCCAGCAGUCAGGUGAUGAGCAUCGAGAAGAGUUGAAACCCGAUGAAAGGAUCAUCAAAACGGAAUAUGGGCUACUGAUUCGAAGUCUGCAGAAAAAAGACUCUGGGAUAUAUUACUGCAAAGCACAGGAGCACACUUUCAUCCACACUAUAGUGAAACUGACUUUGAAUGUCAUUGAGAAUGAACAGAUGGAAAACACCCAGAGGGCAGAGCAUGAGGAGGGGCAGGUCAAGGAUCUAUUGCCUGAGUCACGGUUGAGAUACAAAGACUACAUCCAAAUCCUUAGCAGCCCAAACUUCAGCCUGGACCAGUACUGUGAACAGAUGUGGCACAGGGAGAAGCGGAGACAGCGGAGCAAGGGCGGCCCCAAGUGGAAGCACAUGCAGGAAAUGAAGAAGAAACGCAACCGAAGGCACCACAGAGACCUGCAGGAGUUCCCCGGAGCCCUGGCUACGUAGUUUUCUAUUUAAUUUACAGAAAAGAAUUCUUCAGCUGCAAAAAUACUGUCUUCUGUUUUGUACAUCACUUACACUAAUUCUUAAAUGCUUUUCGUGGAGUUUUACUAAGGCACAAGAAACAAUUAUUUGAAUGAGACAAUAUAUGGUGAAUAUGGGAUAGGAAGAGCAAGUAAUUCAUCGGAACCAAUUUGCCAACAACAAAACUUGUAUCUCCCAAGUAUAAGAAUUAUCCUCCAAAUAGGGUCUUGACAUCUGUAAGUAACUUAUGUUUUGAGUUUUUGAAUUUAUGGUCAUGUAAAUAUCAUAACUGAGCUAAGCGAGCAUCAAAUUUGAUACUGUAUUAAAGUGCUUCCUUCUCAUGCAUGCCCAUGACACAUGGCGUUCACGGCGCAGGUGCACUGUGCUCUUAUGAACAUUCCACUCUAGAAUUCACUGGUGUGUGGUAGAGAAUUAGAGGCAAGACACAGAUUCAGACAGUUCACAUCAUCAGCAGGUGCUUCCUCGGUGCACCAUACACUCUUGGAGCAUGGUGUAGGAAUUUGGAGAGGUGCAUUAUUUCUUUCAGGCCACAGGGGUUACAUUUGCUGUACUGCAACAGUGAUUUACUGAAGGGCAUUAAUGUUCCUCCCAGGAUUCCUUAUGACUUGCCAGGAGUCACAGGUUCACAGAGAGAAGCUGGUGCUGAGUUAUGUGCUUCUAGAAUAUAGACUUAGUUCUACGGGGACAGAAUGCUUAAUAAAUAUUUUAAUAAGAUAUGGGAAAAUAUUUUAACAAAAUAAGGGAAACAUCAUGACGUAUAGUGCAUCAUUGUGGGAAAGCAUGCACAUGGGAUUUGUUAGGCUACAAAAGGGAAGACAGCCAUAAAUUCUGGCUUUGGGAAAAACUCUCAUCCCCAUGAAAAGGAAGAACAAUCACAAAUAAAAUGAACAAACUGUAAUGGAACUCUUUUCACUGGAGUGAAAGUAGCUGCCAAUUUGUAAUUCAUCUGUUGAAAAAAAAUCUAGAUUAUAGCAAACUGCUAGCCAGAGCCUGAGGAAAAGUAAAUUUUCUAAAGGGUCAUGGGACAGAGAAGCAUAUUUUAUUUAUGACACAAUCAAUGGUAUUUCCAUAUGCAUUUCUUCUCUUUUUCUAAAUAUUUAUCAUACUCUGUAUAUUAUUUUCAUUUACCACCUUUAUUUUCUCCUGUGUAUUGAAUUAUUGAUUUAUAUUUGAGUGAAUAGGAAAAUAUAUUAUACAGAGAGAGAAUUAAGUAGACAACAGUGGUGGGGAGCAGGGAUAUAUAUUUGCUGCACACAGAACAAGUGCAAGUUUUGACAACGGAAAGGGUUUAAUUAACUCUUUGACAUCUUUUCUCUACACAAUCUUUUUGAAUUUCCGGGGUAAUCUGUUGUAAUUCUAGUAGCAUUAUUUUAGCGAUUUAACAAUAAAUAAACCUACAACAUGUAAAGAAAACAAACUCACAACAUUCACACAAACAUCUUUCAUAUUUUGUUAGCACUUUCAAAUGUUUCCAAUUUUACUUUCCCUCGGAGCACGUAGGGAGUGUUUCCUGUCUGGUUAAGCAGGACUCACCUUUCCUUCUCAUAACACAAAACCCUUAGCCUCCUUCUGUUUUGCCUUUUCACACCCUUUAUGGUGUGAAAUGAAAAAUUAGUCACUUCCUCACAUGGAAGGCAGCUUUUCAGAAAACUGAAAUUAGAAUUGACUUUGCUCAUUCCUCAUGCAUUGUAUGUAUCUUGAAAGAAAAGUCUGUGAGAAACACAGGCAAUUACAGGGCAAGUUAUUACAGCAUCUGUGGCUCUGUGUUCUGAGCAUUUUCUCACUAUUACAUUUACUUGCAUUGCUUACCUAUCUCAAAGUCGUUAUGUUGAUAUAUGAGGUUGAGUAUUAUACCUCGUUAUUAUACUCAUGAAUAUUGUAGGUGUUUCACUACAAGGUGAACUUCUUAAGGAAUAAUUUUAAUAAUAAUGAACUAGAACAAAUCAUUCUUUUAAAAAGUAAUGCAAAGGAAUAAUGGCGAUAUGAGACUAUUAAUUGAAAAUUAUAUCAGGAGUGUUUGUAAUUAUUGAUUCACUGGUAUAGAUUGCUCCAGCAACUCAUGACAAGUUCAAAGACAUGGAUGGGAGCAUGUUAAUUUUCUUAAAAUUUCCCAAUAUUUGUGUAUCAGGGAGUAAUGAUCAAAUUAUGGAUGGCUUUGGAAAAAUUACUGGAAGCUCAAAUGUUAGAAUUGAUUUGUAAAAAUAAAUUGUUUUCAUCCAAAUAUGAAUGUCUAACCCAUUUUAAUUACUUCCUUCUAAUUUUAGUUAUUCAGAUAAAAAAAAUUGGGUAAAUCAUACCUGCGUUCUGGCUGCUUUCAAAGUAAAACUAUUAACUAUGAGAAUGACUUAAAAUAUAUUAGAAAUAUUAUUAGAAAAUAUAAUUUCAUAUAAUAAAAAAGCAUGGGGACAAAGAUUUAUGUGUAUUUUUUUAAAUAGAGGACAUCUAAACUAUGUUUAAUUUUUAACCUUUUAAUUAUUCAAAACCCUUAGAGGAAAAAUGUGAAUAUAUUAAAUCUACAAACUCCAUAUGUAUUUCCUCAUCCCUGAAGAUUUUACCAAAUUUACUUUAAAAUAAUGAAAAAGAAAAGUGUAGAUAAUGAUUUCAGAUAUGCUAAGAAAUCUACUCACUAUAAAGAGGGUCUCACAAUGUCUGUUUGUUCUUGAUUUCUUACUUUUCUCCCUUGUCUUCAAUACAUAGAAGUCCUUGAUUUCUUUAUGUGUUUUCUUCUGCAUUUCAUUUCAGCCACUUAUGCUGCUAAAUGGAUUUCUGCUUGUCUGUGUUCAUUUACAUUCAUUUUAUUAGAAAUUUUAAGAGUUUGUUUAGAAAAUGGAUAGUCUAAAUAAUCAAUUUAUGUAGAAUCUUUUUUCCCUCAAAGAAAACACUACACUCACAUUACUGAACAAACAUUUUUGAAAGUCAGCCAAAUUACUUAAGAAGUGGAAAAGUAGUCAGAGAGAAAUUUAGUAAUUUGUAAAAGCUGCAGCUGUAAAAGAGGAAAUUCUCAUUGUUUUGUUGACUAAGAUAAUGCUCACAAUAUGCUAACUACAAAAUAGUCUAUUAUUUAAUUUUGCUUUUGGUCUAUAUUUUGGUUCUUUGUAUGCGAUUGUUUUGUUCCUGCUGAAUUUUAUAGACUCGAUUAAGAAAAGUUAACAAUAUUUAGUGCCUGUUUUUUCACUAUUAAUACAUUUAAAUUUCUCAGGACAACUUGAUAUCAUUCAACUGUCCACCAAAUACUAAAUUUAAACAAGAGCAUUAGUUAAAUAUUGAUUUUCUUAAACUUAAAUAUAAUAUAUUUCAUAUAUAUCAUAAAUACAAAUGGAAAUCAAAGCUGAAAUAGCUUCCCUUUAAAAUGUCACAUUAGUUUUAGACAAUAUGUUAGAAUUGAUUAGCCUUAUUGGGAAUAGAUAAUUUAGGAGGGAAACAGAUACAUGAAAUGUUUUUAUAGGAAGAUACAGUUUUCUCACAGUUAAUAAUCAUAAUAAUUAAAUCAUUUACCUUAAGUAUGAGGUUAAUGUACAAAAUCUAAAAUUUCCCUAGUUUCCACAUUAACAAUACAAAGAAAGGAGCACAUAUGUGACUUAUAUCUCUCAUUUAAAUAUUUUGUAGUAUAAAAUAUUUAUGGAAAGUUUGAGAUAGAUGGUUUUGGGGGAAGGGAAAUUAUCUUUAAGAAGCCAUAGUUAAUCAUGUAAUUUAAUUCUGGUAUUGGGAGUGGUUAGCAAUCAAUUUUGAAUUAAUAGUAUUGCUAUUUUAAAAUAAAUGUAGUAUUGUAGUAUAAGAUAAUUAAAAUUGUAAGAUGUAUAUUUUGGUUGUAUUAUAAUAAAACACAUACAUUAGUGUUCUAUAAUUAUAA